AUGACCACCUUCACACAAUCGGAAAUUCAAACCCCCACUGCAGACCAAAAACUUAAACCUGCCACGGAUAAAGGCUACACGUUGGGAGUUCAGGGCGCCCACAAUUUGGCUUUCGGUGGUCUCGAGUACAAGGAUGCCAGACCCAAGUUCACAGACCCGCUACAAGAACGUAAACAUGUCUUGGAGCAUAUGGCCGGCACUUUCCGCGUUUUUGGCAGAAUGGGGUACUCCGAAGGUCCUGCGGGUCACAUUUCCGUUAGAGACCCUGUAGACCGAGAAACCUUUUGGAUCAACCCACUAGGAAUGCAUUUCAGCCAGAUUUGCGUCUCGGAUCUCGUGCACAUCGACUCUGAGGGCAACGUACUUAAGGAUGGCAAUCAGAGCGCUAUCAAUGGGGCUGGAUUCAGAAUCCACGCUCAGCUUCACAAAUCCAGACCCGAUGUGAACGCUGCUUGCCACGCCCAUACCGUGUACGGUAAAGCCUGGGCAGCUUUCGGCAAAGAACUAGAUAUGAUCAAUCAGGAUGCCUGUAUCUUUUACAAGAGUCACGCAGUGUACCAAGAUUUCGGUGGUGUGGUACUGGAGCAAGAAGAAGGUCGACGUUUGGCAGAAGCUUUGGGCCAUAGGAAGGCGCUAUUAUUGGUAAACCAUGGGCUACUCACGGUGGGCGAAACCGUCGACGAGGCUGCUUACCUGUUUUGUCUAAUGGAGAGAACUUGCCAAGUCCAAUUACAAGUGGAAAUGGCGUCUGUUGCCGGUUUGAAGAGAAGAAUUAUUGACGACGAGGCCGCUUACUACACGUAUUUCAACACUUCGGAUCCUGAAAGUUUAUACGCUGCAUUCCAGCCGGAUUAUAAGCUGGAAGUCAAGCUUACGAAUGGUGAGUUCUUACGUUGA